AUGAUGCCACAAUGGAUCAAAACCGCUCACUGGAAAUUCAUCAUUCUAUCUCUCAUCCUACUCCUCACCAGCAUCCUCCUCAUCGUCAAUGCCAAUUGCUCGAAACCUUAUGGCAUAUCCGCCGAGGCACUGGUCUGCGUUGGCGGACAACUAUCUAUUCAAUCCUGGCUUGUAAUUGUCGGUCUUGAGUUUGGCUUUUUAGGAUAUUUCUUGUUCCCAAGGAUUGCAGAGGUUUUGAUAUCCAAGGUUCUCACCAGAGGGCUUGCAGGAGAUGGCAUGAGCUUUGCUAGUCUCCUAAAUUCGCAACGGACAGCGCCUUGGAAGACCCAAAUGAGAUUUGGGUUGAAAAGAGUGCUGGGAAUUCGAAUUUUGGGUGUGGUGAUUAUUUUGGUGUUCAGCAUCCUUUACAAAUACUCGUUUGUAAGGGUAGAGAGGUAUUCGAGUUUCACGCUAGAUGACACGCAAAAACCCAUUAUACUCGGAUGUAACGGUGGAGGUUGCAAUGGUGGAGUUUCGGAUAAUUUCGCUGGUGCGCUUUCAGGUACAAUGGGUUCAAGCUCCAAUAUCUCGUUCAAUCCUGGGUCUCCGAUGAGGGCGAAGCAGUAUACGCAGGUCUACGGUCCUAGCCAGCCGGCUUGGGCUCCGCAGCUCAAGACGGGCACUGAGUUUCUCUGCACUCCAACAUAUUAUUCUCGGAACAAAAUAUAUCCCAAUGACCAGUUUUGGACGCCACUAGUGGUGGGUACCGAUGUUUACAACAAUGGUGUACGAUUUUUUGAUACUUCGGGAGGUACGCUUGUGGAUGUAUACUCUGCCAACGGGACACUUCAGAUACUAUCAGCAAAAUACGGGUCCAACGCUACAACUUGCUAUACCUCGAAGCUUACAGCGAUGGUCAGUGUCUGCGUAGGUUAUGCGUCUUGGUCAGUAAACAACACGAUAACUCCGGAAGCACUCCUCCAGGAUCCUGAAGACAUCGAUUGUUAUCAGGAGAAUUUCGACUUGAUAUCUUGGGCCAACUCUCCAGGUGCUCAAUUUACCUUGAAUCUCCUUGGGGGACUUGGAUCGAAGAACAUCAACAACUUACCACAAUCGACCGCAGCCAUGAACGUUAUCCUCGCAUCACUAAAUCAUUCUGCGGCGACAAACAUUCUAGAAAGAAAGGUCAAGGCCAACUUGCUCGCAAACACUGUAAAAACAGCCAUGCCAGCGGAAUGCUCAAGCUCAACUGCUUCACAUCCAUGGGUCGUUUCUGGCGUGUCAUACAAUAAUGGUACUGGAAUGACACUCCUCGGCGCAGUACUCCAGGGGCUUGUCCUUCUCUUUACUCUUCUAGCUUUGUUGCUCCUAUUCUGGCCAACAUCUGCUCUCCUCACUGAAUGGCCAGCUCAGUGGCUCGUCUUGGCUUGUACCAUGGAACAAGCGAAAGUACAAGAGGCAGUAGAGAAUACCAGCUUUGGUAGGAAUGAGGUCGAUGGAGAGCUUUGGAUGAAUAUGACGACUGAGAAUGAUAAGAGAGUAAGCAAAUCGCCAAAAAGAAACUCUUUGAUGUUCAAUGCUGAGGUGAUUGAGACGAAGAGAAUUAGCUAUAGGAGGAGGACCGAAGAUGGGUUGAAAAGGCUGUCACAGGUUGAUAACGGUGGGCCGAGUAGCGGGGCUUGA